AUGAGCGGGUCACUUGCAGCCGUUGUUCUUGGCGUGUCGAUACAUAUGCACUACCGCCGUUCGGAACCCAACGUCCUUAUUUUCUUGAUGCAUUCUCUGGUUCUCGGUGUCUGCGCGACGGUCAUGCACCUUCACGCGCUCGAGGGAACGACUACGAGUCCCGGCGCACUUGCCUCUGCAGCGCGAUUCCUCGCCGUAUACCUCCUGUCUAUGUCUGCAUCGGUGGUCACGUACCGUCUCUCGCCUUUCCAUCCUCUCGCCGCUUUUCCUGGGCCCAAGUUCGCUUCGGCUUCAAAGUGGUGGUCUUGCUACCAGAUGGCCGUCCGAGGGCGGCGUCACAUCGAACUGGAAAGACACUACGGGCACUGGGUCCGCACCGGCCCCAACGAGCUUUCUGUAGACGACCCAUCUGCGAUCAGAACCAUUUACGAAGCGUUGGAUAGGGCUACAUUCUAUAAAGCUGCACCCGCCAAUGGCAUAGCAAUCAUCAACAUCAUGGACCGACAGACUCAUCAGAAGCGCCGUCGUGCAUGGAACAGUGCGUUCACCUCGCCCUGCCUUAAGGAUUAUGCAGAUGCGACCAAUCAACGAAUGGUGCACCUCCUCGCGCGCAUGGCCGACGAGAUACGCCAUAGUUCGACUGGGGUAAUUCGGAUUGAUCGUUGGAUCUAUUUCACUGCCCUGGACCUUACUGGCGAUAUCGGAUUUCUAGGCGGCUUUGAGACCGUAAGAGAAGGAUUUGACAAGGAGGGUUGGGCAGUUUUGCUGACUACAGUUAUGCGUGUCGCCAUUUGCACUGGCGAGGUUCUUUGGGUACGAGACCUCAUGGAAAUGCUUGGUCACGGUCCACUCGAGACGAUUUACAAGCCUACCGUUCUCAAACUUCAGCGGAUUAGAGAAGAUCAAACGGGGACGACGAGGACGAGCAUCAUGUCUACAUUGCUCAGUAAGAGUGACGAGGAGUCUCUCGAGAUACGGGCCGUAGAUUCUGUCUCGGACGCGAUGUUUUCCAUGAUCGCGGCGGUUGGAUCGACGUCUUUUGUUAUACAGAGCUUGCUUUGUAACCUAUAUCUCAGUCCUCUCCGGAUGUGUCGUAUCCAGGAAGAAGUAGAUCCCCUCUUCGAAGCGUCCAUCGUCGACGAUGAUGGGAGCACUCUCGACGUAGCCAAGCUGAUGAAGCUGCCAUACCUGUCCGCCUGCGUCGACGAAGUGCUCCGAUUGACGCCCCCUUUGGCUUGGGGUCCUCCACGAUCAACUGGUCCUCAGGGGGCGACAAUAUGUGGUCGCUUCGUACCACCGAACACGACGAUAAACGUCCCCAUCUACGCGAUGCACCGUGACGUUCGCAACUUUGGCCCAUUGGCGAAUAAGUUCAUCCCGGAACGCUGGCUUCCAUCCCACAUGCAGGAAGAGGCUCUCAAAGCUCUGGAUGACCCUCAGCUAACGCCGAGCGCCCUUCAACCUCUCAAUCGACAGGCCUACAUACCUUUCAGUGCGGGAUAUGCACGCUGUCCAGGUCGUGGCCUGGGACUGCAGAGCGCCAAGAUUGCGGUCGCAACCAUACUUCACCACUACUCCUUCGCUCCAGGUGAAGGCUUCGAUCCUGCAGUAUAUGAAGCAUCGUUCAGGGAUUAUGGUACCUGGGCGCAUGACGCCUUGCAGCUACGCUUUAGCCCCCGCCAAUAGUCCGAUACGAGAACCGAGUACGAACUUCAAAUAAGGGUCGUAAUAUGAAGUUCGGGACGCUUUCGCAAUGCUAUUGGAGUCCACAUUAUAUGCUGUGUAGUCGUCAUAAUAAUCGAUAUCAAUACCUUCUGCGCG